GUUUUACCAUUAAGAAUGAGCUGGUCCAACACGUCAGCAAGCCCUCCUGUGCGAAUGGCAGUCCUGUGGUCGAUUAGUGCGAUCCUUGCAGGUCUCUUCCUGCUUUACACUAACGGAGUUCACGCUGAUAAAAAUGAAUACCUUGGGAGUCCGUUUUUAAAACAUGCGAUAGAUGAAGCCAUUGAAUUGGUGGACAGAGCAUAUUUGGUCACCAGAAACAUACACAAGGACAAGGUGCAGAAACGACAGUUGUCACCAAGUACCCUGUUGCAAAUAUUCAAGGCCCCUCUAGCCGACACCAGGAAGGCAGUGAGAGCAGCAGAGUAUCUGGAUGUAACGCUGCAAAAGAUUCAAGGCCAUGUUCACAGAAUCCAUAAACGCUCACUCAAUGCAACAGAUCUGUUAUCACCAAGUGACCUGGAUGCCAUUGCAAGAGUCACGGGCUGUCAGGCUAUGAGCCAGCCUCCAGUCUGCAGUAAUGAUUGCUGGUCAAACCGAUACAGGACUUUCACUUCUGUAUGCAACAACAGGAAUAAGCCUUUUCUGGGAGCCUCCAACACAGCUCUCAACCGAUGGCUCCCUGCUCGCUAUGAAGAUGGAAUUUCAGUCCCGUUGGGCUGGACUCCAAACAAAUUACAUUUCGGAUAUUCUUUGCCAUUGGUCCGAGAUGUGUCCAAUCAGAUUUUGAAAGUAGCUGAUAAGGACAUAGUCUCAGAUGAAGAGACCAGUCAUAUGUUUAUGCAGUGGGGGCAGUGGAUUGAUCAUGACAUGAGUUUAAGCCCUCUGUCUGGCAGUCUCCAAACCUUUAAUGAUGGCAUCAACUGUGAACAAAGUUGUGUCCAGAAAAAUCCUUGUUUUCCAAUGAAGAUACCUCGAGGCGACCCCAGGAUCAAAGGCUCUGAAACAUGCAUGCCCUUCUUCCGAUCGGCUCCUGCUUGUGGCACUGGUGAGCUGGGUGCAAUGUUUGGAGAGGUGAACACUCGUCAGCAGAUUAACUCCCUCACCAGUUACCUUGAUGUCAAUGAAGUCUAUGGCAGCACAGAUUGUCUGGCCAACAAGCUCAGAAACCUGACCAGUGAAGAAGGUCUGUUGGCUGUGAACCACGAAUUCUCUGACAAUGGACGGGAAUAUCUACCAUUUAACACCAUUUCAAGUAAUCUUUGUGGCAUCAUGGGAGAAGCAUGUGACACCAGUCAAAAUUCUACUCCAUGUUUUAUUGGUGGUGAUGUACGUGUAAAUGAACAGCUGGGACUGUUGUCCUUCCACACAAUAUUUCUACGGGAGCACAAUCGCAUUGCAAGAGAGCUGAAGAAAUUGAACCCACACUGGAGUGGCAACACAACUUAUCAUGAAGCAAGAAAAAUCUUGGGAGCUUUUCAACAGAUAAUAAAUCACCGAGACUAUGUUCCCCUGGUAAUUGGACCAGAAGCAACAGAAAAAUAUCUCCCAGACUAUGAAGCCUAUGAUGAGUCUGUCAAUCCCAGUAUCGCCAACGUUUUCUCAACAGCAUGUUUCCGUUUUGGACACCUCAGCAUUCAGCCAACCUUGUCCCGCCUAGGUGAAAACUACCAGGAGCACCCACAGUUCCCGAGCCUGCCUCUCCACCAGACUUUCUUCACUCCCUGGAGAAUAAUAAGGGAAGGUGGAGCUGAUCCCAUUGUUCGAGGAUUACUGGGUCGUCCUGCAAAACUACAGAAACCAAACAAGAUGUUGACAGACGAGCUGCGAGAGAAGCUGUUUAAGCUGACUGCUCAUUUAGCAUUGGAUUUGGGUGCUCUGAACUUGCAACGUUCUCGCGAUCAUGGGCUCCAAGGUUACUCUGCAUGGCGCAAAUUCUGUGGACUUUCACAACCAAAGAAUGCUUUUCAACUUGCUCAAGUUCUUGGAAGUACAGACCUAGCAAAUAAGCUCCUCAGUCUAUACGGAACUACAGAAAAUAUUGACGUGUGGUUAGGGGCAAUCUCUGAACCCUUCGUUAGAGGUGGAAGGGUUGGCCCCUUGUUAGCCUGCUUAAUAGGACAGCAAUUCAAGAACCUGAGAGAUGGGGACAGAUUUUGGUGGCAAAAUCGUGAAGUGUUUACUAUUGCCCAGCGCCAGGCUCUUACUCAAAUCUCCAUGUCCAGGAUUAUCUGUGAUAAUACUGGGAUACAGUUGCUACCUCGGGAUGCAUUUAAAUUCUACCGCUUUCCAGAAGGAUUUGUAAACUGCAAAGAUAUACCACAGGUCGACCUGAGUGCCUGGAGAGAGGACGCACAAGUGACCCCAUGUGGCUCUGUCCCUACUGUGGCUCAUGCCCAUUUCUCGAUCUGUAAAUCUUCAGUCAGGUACACCUGUCAGUCCGGAUUCACUAUUCUGGGAGCAGACACGAUAACAUGUCUGUCUAACGGACAGUGGGAAGAGCAACCACCCGGUUGUGUAGACAAUGCUGAAAUCGUGGAAGCUUCACAGGGCAGUGGACAACCAGGUCUUAAAGGAGAAAAAGGUGACAUUGGACCAAGGGGACCGGAAGGAGAUUGCAGUGCAUGUCCACAACAAAUAAAAACAUCGGCCUUUUCCGUAAAACUUAAAUCAGGACGUCUUAGGCAGUCAUAUGCAAUUCCAUGUGAAACUGGGAUCUAUAAUGGCCAGAAACAUUUCAACUGUGCGACAGGAAUAUUUACUUGUAGUUUCGCUGGGGUAUAUCAAUUUUCAUAUAACUUGCGAGUUGCUGGCCAAGUAAGACUCGGUUUGCAAAUAAAUGGACGUACAGUGAUUGUUUCAAGUGUUAAUGAUAGGGGGUCACAAAACAUUUUAUCAGGUGGUAUCAUCCAUCAACUAAAUGCUGGUGAUAAAGUUUGGCUAGAAGUUCUGCCUGGAACAAGCGGAAAUUUGAAUGAUGUUUAUUUUCAGGGGCAUUUAAUCUUUUCAGUUUAAUAACUUGCCCUUAUUUCUGGAAAAACAUCAUUUAUUUUACCAGUUGAAUGUCAAAAAAAAGUAUCUUUUUUGAUUUAUUUUUGAUCUUGGAUAUCAUGGGCCACAAAUGGAAUCUUUUUUACACCAAGCUGGAAGCCAUUGAGAGAUCUGAUCUAGACACGUGGCUUCCUCUCCUCUUCUAAUAUUUGUCUCAGUGUAGGAAUGUUAAGACCCAAAUUGGCAUGCCAAGAAAUAUAUUAAAUAAGUUUAUUUUAAUCAAAUCAUACAAAAUGUGAGAAGCCAAACCAAUGGAAGUGAAGUGCAUUGGAAUCCACACUUCCUUAAUUAAUCUGAGUUCUUUAAAGUACAAAUGCCACCACAGCUAAUUUUUGUAUGUUGCAUUGACGUGCCAGUUCUUGCUACACCCUCUCCCUGAAAUGCUUUUAGAACUUUGUUGUAGAAAGCUGCUGGCUUGUGUUGCUAAUCAUAAUUUUCACCAGUUUGGUUGAUUGACACAAAAUGUAUAGAUUUCCUCAAAUUCAGUCAGUAAAAUAUUUCUUCUGCUUUUAAGAAGGUGAUUCUAAAAAUAUGAGCAUUAAAGGAAAUAAAUAUUUAAGUUCAUGCAUUAUAUUUCCUCUAUACAUAAGUUGUUCUAUUCCAGGCUGUUUUCUAAAAACUGCUGACAGUACAUUCCAGAUUUAAGAACACACUUCCAAAGUAAAUAAAAUUUUGCUUUUCGAA